UCACUUUCCAAGUUUUUCUCUCUCCAUUGCACCCUCUCUCUCUACUCUUUCCUUGGAAAAACUCUGCUUCGUUUAUGGAACAACUUUAAAAGGAGAGGAAGAACGACAGGACGACACCGUUUGAUGACAUCCGGCCGCCGUUUUCAGUCCCCAUUACUUCUAAAUCGACGCGCCGUCCUAUUAGGUCUGCCGGCCUGUGUUCGGUAAUUCGCCGCGUUCGUAUUGAUCGCCGGAAACAAAAUCCUUUGGGUUUGGUUUCUGCCGGAGACGGUUUGAUUGAUAUUUUGAUUCCCCAAACUCUGGAAAAGAAGCGAUAGGUAGAAGUAAAGGGCGUCGUUUAUGGGGAAAGUAGAGGUAGCAUUGGCGGCGGGAUGCACGGCGGCGGCGUGCGUGGUGGCGGCGGUGAUGGUUGGGAGGAGGGUGAGGCGGAGGAGGGGAUGGAAGAGGGCCCUGAGGGUUUUGGAGGAGCUGGAGGAGGGAUGCGCCACUCCUGUGGGGCGGCUGCGCCAGGUUGUUGAUGCUAUGGCGGUUGAGAUGCACGCGGGUUUGGCCUCCGAAGGCGGGUCAAAGCUGAAGAUGCUCCUCACCUAUAUCUGCGACCUCCCUACUGGGACCGAAAAGGGGAUUUAUUAUGCUCUAGAUCUCGGCGGUACCCAUUUUCGGGUCUUGCGAGUAAAGUUAGGUGGCCAAAGUUCAGCUACCAUAAUUCAUGAUGUCGAACGACAACCCAUUCCCCAACAUUUGAUGACCGGCACAAGUGAGGAGCUUUUUGAUUAUAUAGCAACAUCAUUGAAGGAUUUUGUUGAAAGAGAAGAAAAUGCUUCAGAGCCUUCACAAGGGGAAACAAAUAGACUUGGCUUCACAUUUUCAUUCCCAGUGAAACAAACUUCUUCAUCAUCAGGAACUUUAGUCAAAUUGACGAAUGGAUUCUCUAUCGAUGACAUGGUUGGUAGGGAUGUUGCUCAGUGCCUCCAGGAGGCAAUAUAUCGGAAGGGCCUGAAUAUGCAAGUGGUUUCCCUUUUUAUGAAAUACGUCCUGUUGGAUGAAGAGCAAAUAGUCUGCUCGAUUCUUAAUAGACUUAUAAAUGAUACUGUGGGGACCUUGGCUUUAGGUCAUUAUCAUGAUGAAGACACAGUAGUUGCUGUAAUAUUCGGAACAGGCACUAAUGCCUGUUAUUUGGAGCGUACAGAUGCAAUCAUUAAAUGCCAAGGUCUUCUUGCAACCACGGGAAGAAUGGUUGUCAACAUGGAAUGGGGAAAUUUUUGGUCAUCUCAUUUGCCAAGGACGUCGUACGAUGUUGAUUUGGAUGCUGAUAGUCCUAACCCUAAUAUUUUUGAGAAAGUGAUAUCUGGAAUGUAUCUAGGAGACAUCGUGAGAAGAGUAAUUCUUCGGAUGUCUCAAGAAUCGGAUGUUUUUGGAUCCGUCUCUUCCAAAAUACAUAUUCCUUUCAUCUUGAGGACACCUAUGAUUGCUUCCAUGCACGAGGACGAUUCCCCCGACUUGAUAGAGGUCGCCAGAUUAUUACAAGACACUCUCGAGAUUUGUGAUGUGGUGACACGCAGGGCUGCCAGGCUGGCAGCCGCAGGCAUAGUGGGCAUACUGAAGAAGAUAGGCCGAGAUGGGUAUUUGGGCGGCAAAUCCAAGAUUCAGGGCAAGAUGACGAGGACAGUAGUGGCGGUAGAAGGUGACCUGUACUCCAACUAUACCAUGUUCAGGGAAUAUCUGAACGAGGCUUUGGGAGACAUACUAGGUGAUGACGUGGCAGCUCGUGUUGUAAUGAAGGUGACUGAGGAUGGGUCAGGCAUUGGGGUGGCACUCCUGGCUGCAUCAACCUCCAGUGAGGUGGUAGGGUUUGUAUUGGUGGUAAUAGGUUUGGAAAGAGAAGGUAAAGUUUUCUCAAUGAUGUUUUGA